UAGGUAAAGAAAGUUCGAAUCUUUGGAUAAAGGAAAGAGGACUGUCCGCGGGUCCCACUUCCCAAAUCCCCCUCUGCUUUUUCCAUCACUCGCCCACUGUUUUCUUUCCUUCCUUCAAUCCUUCCGCCCGUUUCUUCUUCAAUUUAUGGCGUUCGAUCUAUAAACUUACGUCCCCUUUUCCCCCAAUUCCCUGUUACUUUUAUCUCAUCUGCUUACCUUUGAUUCUGUCUUUUACGAGCUGAGUUGGUAAGUUCAUUCCAUUCUUAUCCUAAGAUUUGACCUUCAGAUCUAGUCAUGGGGGUUUUUUUGGGUACCCAAAUCGCUUUGAUAUUCUUCUUUGAAUUGUUUUGACGGAUCUUGCGUAACUUGUCCGAUUGAGCUUCUUCAGCUUCCGAAUUUCUAUCACGAAUUGGGUAUGCUGGAAAUGGGUUUUUAUUGAUUGAUUAGUGAAUUGAGACAAGAUAGCUUUCUGGGUAUUUGUGGUGUGUUAAUAAUUUGGUGGGGUUUUCUAACAAUGGUUACGGUUAAUCUUGGAAUGCUUCAUCAUGUGUUGGACCAUGUGUAUGGUGCAUUUAUGCACAGAACCAAAAUCAGCCCACCGUUUUUUUCAAGGGGAUGGGGUGGUUCAAAGCUUGAUUUGCUUGAGAAGCUGAUCAAACAGUUGUUCCCAGAUAUGGCAGGCCAGAAUUGGCCCCCCAGUUUGAUCAGGCCCAUUUGGAGAACGGUUUGGGAGAAUGAGACUGCUCGUUUGAGGGAAGGGUUUUUCAGGACCCCUUGUGAUGGGCAGCUCCUUGCUGCUUUGCCUCCUGAGAGUCAUAAUGCAAGGGUUGCAUUUCUCAUGCCUAAAUCUGUGCCAACCCACAAGAUAUCUUGUGUGGUUCAUUUGGCAGGGACUGGGGACCAUACAUUUGAAAGAAGAUUACGUCUUGGUGGGCCAUUAUUGAAGGAUAACAUUGCAACUAUGGUGCUUGAGAGUCCUUUCUAUGGUCAGAGACGACCCAUGCUGCAAUAUGGUGCCAAACUCUUGUGUGUUAGUGACUUGCUUUUGUUGGGAAGAGCAACCAUUGAAGAGGCUCGCAGUCUUUUACAUUGGUUAGACUCUGAGGUAGGGUUUGGAAGGAUGGGUGUUUGUGGGCUUAGCAUGGGAGGAGUACAUGCCGCGAUGGUUGGAUCUCUACACCCUACACCAAUUGCAACGCUUCCUUUUCUUUCUCCACAUUCUGCUGUUGUGGCAUUUUGUGAGGGAAUUUUAAAGCAUGGAACUGCUUGGGAAGCAUUGAGAAAGGACCUUGCAUUGCAGAAAUCUACCAUGACUCUUGAGGAGGUUAAGGAACGGAUGCGGAAUGUACUGUCUCUCACAGAUGUUACACGCUUUCCAAUCCCCAAAAAUCCCAAUGCUGUAAUACUUGUUGCUGCUACUGACGAUGGCUACAUCCCGAAACACUCUGUGCUCGAGCUCCAGAAAGCUUGGCCUGGUUCAGAAGUAAGAUGGGUGACUGGUGGACAUGUAUCUUCCUUCAUUCUACACAACGAUGAGUUUCGCCGAGCAAUUGUCGAUGGCCUCGACAGACUCGAAUGGAGAGAGUCACCAUUAUGACAUGAAGCUUUUCACCAAACAUUUUUCUCUUCUUUUCUUUUCUUUUCGUUUAUUUUUUUUUCACCCCCUUGGUUUUACUUCUCUGUGGAUACUCUUCUUGUUCUUCACCAUUUGUAUGAUUCAACCUGUAAAUCUAAUCUGGUAUUGUUCUUUACCAUUAGACAACUCCAUUCAGGAGCAAUGCAUGAAACUUCCAUAAUGAUUUGUUGAUAUUGCUCA